GUUUUAUAUCAAAGAAAAAAAUCUACUAAAUUUGGCACAUCUAGUGUGCAGCUUCUUCUCUCUAUUGUAACCACCGCACACAAACUUCAUCUCGUUGGGCAAGCUCGAGAACCACAAUGCCGCUUCCAAUCGCCCUCGCAGCUCCCCUAGUUAUCGGCGGACUGGCAUAUGCCCAUGCCAAAUCGUCCUUUCCAAAUGACUAUCUUCUAGCCAAAUGCCAGUUCCUCGUCGGCCGAGCCCUCCAGGACAGACUCACCAAGGAUCGUCUCAACUUCUACUACGUGCUAGAAGAGCAUGCCCUCGACCCGGUUCAAUGCGACAAGCCCCUAUUGCUCUUUGAGGGCAAGACGUACACAUACCGCGAGUUUUACGACGUGGUGCUGCGCUACGGACACUGGUUGAUCACCAAGUACGACAUCAAGCCCAAGCAAGUUGUGGCGAUCAACUAUGAAAACUGCGACACCUUUGUUAUCUUUUGGUUCGCGCUCUGGAGCAUCGGCGCCAGGCCGGCCUUUAUCAAUUACAACCUCAAGAGCAAGCCUCUCAGCCACUCCAUCAAUGCAUCUACCGCAAGGCUCUGCUUCGUCGACGCCUCGCUAGCCCCCAACGUCGAGGCUGUAAAGGGAGCCUUGGCUGGCGUCAAGGUGGUCGUUACUACACCCGAUGUUCUGGCAGAAGCUCUUUCAUUUUCGCCUGUCCGCAUGUCCAAUGACUUGCGAACGUGUGACGACAUGGCAGAAAUGGCUACGCUCAUCUUUACAUCUGGCACUACGGGUCUACCCAAGCCUGCUGUGGUCUCUUGGAGGAAGACGAUUGCAGUCAGUUUCGUAGCCUCGCUACUUGCUGACCGCGGCCUAGAAGGCGACAUUAUGUAUUCUUCCAUGCCCCUCUAUCACAGCAUGGGUAGCCUGUGCGGCUUCAUCGCCUCCGUCAAAAGCGGCAGUGGCUUCGCCCUAGGACGCAAGUUUGCAACCAAGACCUUUUGGGACGACGUACGCGAGGUUAAGGCUACUCGACUGCUAUACAUUGGCGAAGCGCUCCGAUACCUACUUGCCGCGCCACCCCAAUACGAUCCAGCUACUGGCGAAUGCCUAGAUAAGAAACACAAGGUCACGGCCAUGUUUGGCUCUGGGCUGCGACCCGACGUGUGGUCCAAGUUUAAGGAAAGAUUUGGCAUUGACCAAGUAACGGAAAUGUAUGGCGCCACUGAGGGAGUCUUUGCCACGUUUAAUCGCAGUCGCAACCGUUUCUCAGACGGCGCCAUUGGCCGUGGUGGCUGGCUGCUGGGCCUCUUAUACAGGCAGCAAUCAGCCGUUGUAGCGGUAAACUGGGAGAAGCAAGGCCCGUGGCGCGAUCCUACGACUGGCUUGUGCCGAAAAGUCAAGACGGGCGAACGAGGAGAGCUUCUGGCUAGAGUUGAGCCUGCCGAUAUCAACAGCACAUUCCAGGGCUACUUUAACAACAACAAGGCAACCAGCUCCAAGGUCCUACGCAACGUGCUCAAGGAAGGUGACGCCUUUUUCAGCACGGGCGAUGUCGUCUGGUGGGACGAGCAUGGCAUGCUUCACUUUAGUGACCGUCUCGGCGACACGUUCCGCUGGAAGGGCGAAAACGUGUCGACGGCCGAGGUCAGCCACGUCAUGGGUCUACAUCCCACAGUGCAGGAGGCCAAUGUCUACGGUGUGCAACUCCCCCAUCAUGACGGCCGGGCUGGCUGUGUAGCCGUCACUUUCGCAACGCCUGAGCCCGAGGCAGGAGAUCUGCGUAGACUCGCUGCUCACCUGCGGGAGUCGCUGCCCAAGUACGCCGUGCCACAGUUCCUCCGAGUAGUCAAGGAGCUUGGUGGUGGCGCGCAGAAGACGGGAACCAACAAGCAGCAGAAACAGCAGCUGCGUGAAGAUGGUGUGAAGCCUCCAUCUGACAGCUCCGGGGACCAGAUCUACUGGCUCCAGGGCGAUACGUACAUUGCCUUUGACGAUGCCGCGUGGAACAGGAUGCAAGCCGGCAAUGUCAAGCUGUAGAGUCGUCGAUCACGGACUGGUGGUAGCGUGACGAGUCACUGUAGAUAGGUUGUAUCAUAGCGUGUGAUGACUUUUAUCCGAUAGUCAAUAUUACUUUCUCUCUUUUUUUCCCAUUGUGAUUUCUUUACAAUGUUGUCGCUGUCGGCGGCGCUUGGGUGUUAGUGGCGCUCGGGGCGUGCUAUCGGCCGCCGCUCAACUAUAAGGGAUGAAAUUUGGGGGUGCAGGUUGUAAACAAUGCGGAGAAGGGAAGAAAACACUCCAGAAACUUGAGAAACUGCCGCCUUCAAACAAUUCCUUGGCAUCAAUAUCACUAGGAAUAUAGUCAAAGAGGCACAUAAGAGCGAGG